ACGGGCACUUCUUUCUGAAAAGUCCCAACACUUUUUAUUCAGGAUCUCACCAAACAAACAAACAAAGCAAACCAUCUCUCUCUCUCUCUCUCUCUGCUUACUUUUCCUCCACCACCGUCGUUCUCCGCCGCAGAACCGUCGUCAUUCGGAGAAUCAAUCUCACCGGAAAAUCCGAGUACGAUGGGGAAAGGCGGCGCGCUCAGCGACAGCGUGAUUAAGAAGAUCGUCCUCUCAUACAGCUACGUAGCGAUAUGGAUCUUCCUCAGCUUCACCGUAAUCGUCUACAACAAAUACAUCCUGGACAAGAAGAUGUACAAUUGGCCAUUCCCGAUCUCUCUCACCAUGAUCCACAUGUCCUUCUGCUCAACCCUAGCUUUCCUCCUCAUCAAGGUCUUCAAAUUCGUCGAGCCUGUCUCAAUGUCUCGCGAAACUUACCUCAGAUCCGUCGUCCCAAUCGGAGCAUUGUACUCUCUCUCCCUCUGGCUCUCCAAUUCCGCCUACAUUUACCUCUCCGUCUCCUUCAUCCAGAUGCUCAAAGCCCUCAUGCCAGUCGCCGUUUACUCCAUCGGCGUUCUCCUGAAGAAGGAAGGGUUCAAAUCUGAUACUAUGGUUAACAUGCUCUCGAUCUCCUUCGGUGUCGCAAUCGCCGCCUACGGCGAGGCUAGAUUCGAUGUCUGGGGUGUGAUUCUCCAGCUCGGUGCGGUUGCUUUCGAGGCGACUCGUUUGGUUUUGAUUCAGAUCUUACUCACUUCCAAAGGAAUCACUCUUAAUCCAAUCACUUCUCUCUAUUACGUUGCUCCUUGCUGCUUGGCUUUCUUGUUUAUUCCAUGGAUCUACGUUGAGUUUCCGGUUCUCAGGGACACAUCUAGCUUCCACUUCGAUUACGCUAUCUUUGGGACCAAUUCGUUCUGUGCGUUCGCUCUGAAUCUUGCUGUGUUCCUUCUGGUUGGGAAGACCUCUGCUUUGACCAUGAAUGUUGCUGGUGUGGUUAAGGACUGGCUCUUGAUCGCUUUCUCAUGGUCUGUGAUUAAGGACACUGUGACACCAAUCAACCUUUUCGGGUACGGGAUCGCGUUCUUGGGAGUUGCCUACUACAAUCACGCGAAAUUGCAGGCCUUGAAGGCUAAAGAGGCUCAGAAGAAGAUUCAGCAAGCUGAUGAAGAGAGUGGUCGAUUGUUGGAAGAGAGGGAAGGAGAUGGAGAAGGUAAGAAGAAUGAGUCUGAGAACUAAAUGAAAGAGUUUGUUUUUUUGACUCAGAAUCAAAGAGAAAAAUGGACAUAAUUGGUUGAAUAAGAGCAUGGAAUGGAAGACAAGUAUUAUUGAUUAUACUGGUUCUUAUGAGAAUCUGAGGUUCCUUUUGAUUUGCUCAUAGGUAGUGAUGUCAUAACUUCUUAUUGCUUUCUUCUUCGUUUUUUUUUUCUUUUUCUUAAAGCUUUUUCUCCUUUCGUAUUGUUUUCUUCAAGCUAUUUAUGAUUACAAAAAUGGUGUUACAAAAACCUCUGUUUAUGGGUUUUCUACUGAAAUUAUUGAAAGUUUCAGUAUACUUGUGGAUGGUA